UCGCAGGAAGGUUUUUGCAGCACACACUCGCCCAGCAGUGGCCAAAGACAUCAGCAAGCAACAAUGAAGUUUCUGGUGCUUGCACUCUUAGUGGCAUUUGCUUGCGCUUCUGAGAUAGAGAAGCGAGAGGCGGAGCCAAGUUAUAGAGGAUAUGGCCACGUAAGCUACCAUCAUCGUCCGUCCUAUGGAUAUGGCUAUUCUAAUCACUAUCAUAAGCGAUCUGCUGAUCCUGAACCUGAGGCUGAACCUUCCUAUGGCUAUGGCUCUUCUUAUGGGUAUCACCCAGUCGCCUAUGGCUACUCUCACCGCUAUCACAAGAGAUUUGCUGAUCCUGAGCCAGAAGCUGAUCAUUCCUAUGGCUCUUCUUAUGGGUAUCGACCAGUCGCCUAUGGCUACUCUCACCGCUAUCACAAGAGAUCUGCUGAUCCUGAGCCAGAAGCUGAUCAUUCCUAUGGUUCUUCUUAUGGGUAUCGACCAGUCGCCUAUGGCUACCCUCACCGCGAUCACAAGAGAUCUGCUGAUCCUGAGCCAGAAGCUGAUCAUUCGUAUGGCCCUUCUUAUAGAUAUCGCCCAGUCACCUAUGGCUACUCUCACCGCUAUCACAAGAGAAUCCUGAUCAUUUCCUAUGGCUCUUUCUUAUGGUAUCGCCCAUUCGCCUAUGGCUACUCUCCACGAUAUCACAAGAGUCUGCUGAUUCCUGAGCCAGAAGCUGAUCAUUCCUAUGGGCUCUACUUAUGGGUAUCGCCCGGUCGCCUAUGCCCUACUCUCACCGCUUGGAUCCACCAAGAAGGUCUGGGCUGGGAUCUGAGGCAGAAGGCUGAAUCCUUCCUAUGCCGGGCUAUCACAAGAGUCGGCUUGAUCCUGAGCCCAGAAGCUGAACCUUCAAGUAUAUGGUCACUCAUAUGGUUACCCCAGCUACCGUCCAGUAAUUUAUGGAUAAGGACAUCAUCAGCAUAA